AAACAGUCCAAAAGUGUUCUUCGCUAGUUUGAGUGAAUGCUUUCAUAGGGCAAAUCUCCUUUGGCAUUAGAUAAUUCUUGUAAGAUAAAUUUCAUCUUUGUUGGGGCAAAUCUCCUUUGGCAAGAAGCACAUCAGGAAUACUGAACUGUUGGUGUAAAUCGUUAACGGGCUUGAGGACAGUUCAGAUUUAAUUGGAAAUUAUUAAUCUCUUUGGGGAAAUUUGAUGCAUAUGUGAAAGAAUCAGCUCUGCUGGGCAAAUCUCCUUUGGCAAUACUCACUGCAGGAAGAGUGCUAUUCAGGCUUAUCUUUUUGCAGCAGUAAAAAAGUUGAAUCUCAGAUCCAUCUUUUGUUGGACAGAUCUCCUUUGGCUCAUUCUCUUGGGUGUUUCACUCCAGUCUCGGGCAAAUCUCCUUUGGCAGUUUCUCCUUGUAAACUUAAAUCCACAGAUCUUGGGCAAAUCUCCUUUGGCAAUCAGUCUUUAGAAACAUAAGUCCAUCCAUUGGGCAAAUCUCCUUUGGCAGUUACUCCUUAGAAUCAUAAGUCCAUCCUUUGGGCAAAUCUCCUUUGGCAAUUAGUCUUUAGAAUCAUUAGUCCAUCCAUUGGGCAAAUCUCCUUUGGCAGUUACUCCUUAGAAUCACAAGUCCAUCCUUUGGGCAAAUCUCCUUUGGCACUUGGUCCUUGUGGAAACUACUCCACAGUCAUACUCUCCUUGGUGGAUAGUCCUUGCAGAAGUCUGAACUCUUGCUGUUUCACCAUAUCUCCACCAGCUUAUUCUCCGUGAACAAUUUUCACUCUGAUUGUUAGGGCAAAUCUCCUUUGGCACUUAGAAAUCUAUAGGUUCUUUCUCUGGUUUCUGGACAAUUCUUCCUUGGCAUUACAGACGUUCAGAUCAGUCUGAAUGUUUAGAUUCCUAAUUCAUCUUUGAAGACUUAAGGUGGAAAUUUUGGUUUUGCAUCAUUUUCCUAUAAAGUUCCAACUACAGGUCCUUGUCAGUCUUGGGAAAGAUAAUAUCAGAACAACUGGGGUUCAGGUGCUGGCUGUCAGAAUUUGUUUAAUUAAGAAACAAAGUUGAUGGACCAGGUGUAUCAGCUUGCUUAAGUUAUUCAUUUCAAGCAAAACACUCUGUGCUUGAAGAAUCUGAUUCUAAUCAACAUACUUUUGACUUGAAUGCUAUAGAGUUGUCCGUCUGGCAUCUAAAUGAUGGAUAUGUUCCAUAGUGACACAGAUUGUGAAAGUUUCGGUUUGAGCAGUGGUAGUGAGGAUCAAGAUGACAUUGAUUCUUAUGGUGGACAAGCUCAGAGCAUUUUCUCAAGCCUGGAGGAUAGCAUUGGGAAGAUUGAUGAUUUCCUUGCAUUUGAGAGAGGGUUCAUACAUGCGGAUAUCGUUUGCUCCAUGACAGAUCCAUCUGGACAGAUGGGACGGGUGGUUGAUGUAGAUGUGGUUGUGGAUUUGGAAAAUUUCUUUGGUGAAAUUAUAAAAGAUGUAAACAGCAAGAAACUUUUAAAGAUCCGCUCCUUUACAUCAGGGGACUAUGUAGUUCAUGGGCCAUGGCUUGGAAAAGUGGGCAGAGUGGUUGAUCGUGUCACCAUCCUCUUUGAUGAUGGUGCAAAAUGUGAGGUUACCAAUGCGGAUUCAGUAAAUCUUUUACCCAUGUCUUCCAACCUACUCGAAGAUGCACAGUACCCUUACUAUCCAGGUCAGCUUGUUCGAGCUAGGCACUCAAGUUUUUUCAAAUCAGCAAGAUGGUUGUGUGGUGUCUGGAAGGAAAAUCGAGUUGAAGGUACUGUGUGCCAUGUGGAAGCAGGAUUGGUAUAUGUCAAUUGGGUUGCCUAUGCUACUGUUGGUAGUGAUUUUAAUUUGUCUGCUCCCCCCUGUCAGCAAGAUUCAAGGAACCUAACUUUGUUGUCAUGUUUUCCACAUGCUAAUUGGCAGCUGGGUGAUUGGUGUGUACUUCCAGUUGAUGUUCAGAUGCUUGUUGAUAAGCAUGUCUCUCCUACUUUCUCCUUUCAAGGGUGCAAGAAAAUGGAUGGACUGCAGCGAAGUGUUCCAGAUUCUCAUUUUGAGGAGACUUAUGUAAUCAUGAAGAGAAAGAUUAAAGUGGAUGUCCUUUGGCAGGACGGUAGCCACUCAAGUGGCUUAGAUUCACAGUCGUUAUUCCCAGUAAACAAUGUUGGUGAUCAAGAGUUUUGGCCUGAACAGUUUGUCCAGGAGAAGGUGACUUAUGAUGAUCAACAUGUUUCUAGUUGCCAAAGAUUGGGUGUUGUGAAAAGUGUGGAUGCGAAGGAACGAACUGUGAAGGUGAAAUGGAGGAUUCCUGUGGUGAAUCAAACUGCUUAUUCAGACAAGGAUUACAAGGAGGAGACUGUGAGUGCAUAUGAAUUGAUUGAACACCCUGACUACUGUUACUGCUUGGGGGAUGUUGUGUUUAGAUUGGAUAAUAACAGAUGUGCUGUUCAAUCUGAUGGGAAGAAUGAAACCCAUGACGGUUACCUAGAAAGGGAAGCGAGCAUGGGUUCCGCCCAGAUAUUUGGAGAGAGUGCUCUUAAACAUAAGCACAGUUGUCAAGGUCAGCAAGAGGACCCUUGUAAAUUUUAUUUAUCUUGUAUAGGAACUGUUAUUGGCUCUAAAGAUGGGGGCAUUGAGGUGAAAUGGGCUAAUGGUCAUAUAUCCAAGGUUGAGCCUCAUGAAAUUGUUGGCAUUGAUAAAUAUGAAGAAUCAGAUGCAAACCCUGUACAUAAUGAAGAAAAUAUUGAGGGUGAUUUGAGUCAGGAAAUGCCAGGGUAUGGAAAGCAAUCUUGGAAACUGAAAGAAAAGGAUGUGUUGGACAAGACCUCAAAUGUUGUUGACAAGGAAUGCAAGAAGGAUCUUUGGGAUGCUGGUGCCUUUUUCCUUCCUCGAGCUGCUAUUGGGUUUUUCACAAAUGUAGUGGCAAAUUUAUUUGGCUCACAUGGAUCCACUUCUGAGGAUGUGAAUAAAUUUUAUCGUACCCAUGAGACUGAGGUGUUUGAACAUUGCAAGAUGAACACAGAGGAACCACCAUCAGUGGUAUACAAUAUGGAGACAUUCAGACAGACAAGUCUGAAGCAGAAAGUAGAAGAACAAGAGAACAAAAUAUUAUUUUCAUCAGGCAGUGAGAAACAAGGACUGUUUAAGCCUUUUGAUAUUGUUGUUGAUUGCUCAGACCACCACUUUGUUACUGAAUCUGGUGAUGGAUCGAUGCUAUCUCAGGCAAAAAGAGGUUGGUUGAAGAAAGUGCAGCAAGAGUGGACCAUUCUGCAAAGAGAUCUUCCUGAUACGAUCUAUGUUCGCAUUUAUGAGGAAAGGAUUGAUCUCCUGAGGGCAGCCAUUGUUGGAGCACCUGGAACUCCAUAUCAUGAUGGGCUUUUCUUCUUUGAUUUUCUCCUUCCCCCUGACUAUCCACAUGAACCACCAUUGGUGCACUAUAAUUCUGGUGGCCUCUGUCUCAACCCAAACCUAUAUGAAUCAGGAAAGGUCUGUCUCAGCCUCCUCAAUACAUGGACAGGCACAGGCACCGAAGUAUGGAACCCUGGAAGCUCCAGCAUUAUUCAAGUCCUCCUUUCCCUUCAGGCACUUGUUCUCAAUGAUAAGCCUUAUUUUAAUGAGGCUGGAUACGAUGAACAGAAGGGCAGAGCAGAGGGAGAGAAGAAUUCUAUAACUUACAACGAGAAUGCUUUCCUUCUGUCUUGCAAGUCCAUGCUAUACUUGCUACGGAACCCCCCAAAGAAUUUCGAGGCUCUAGUGGAGGAGCACUUCCGGAGACACUCACACUUAAUUCUUCUGGCUUGUAAGGCAUAUAUGGAAGGUGCACCAGUUGGCUAUGCUUUUGGAUAUGGAAUGACUAAACAAGAAACUCAAAAGAGUAGUUCUACUGGUUUCAAAAUAAUGCUAGCUAAGCUCUUCCCUAAGCUUGUUCAGGGUUUUGCUGCUAAGGGAAUCGACUGCAGCCAAUUCAUUGAGAUAGAGAAUGAUUGUGUGAUAAAGUAAGUAGCAUCAAUCUACUUGACAGACAUAUAUACAAAGUUAAUGACCAUAUGUUCUGUAUAUGCUCAUAUGCUCAGAAAGGUUUGUAUUUUAUGAUUGUUGUAUUUGCUGAAGAAAGACAGCACAGAAGGAUGUUGUGGGUGCAAGUGUGUUGUUUGAUGGCUUGUUAAUAACUUAACUGAAGACUGUUUUGUUGAAUUUCUGAGUAGCAGCGAUUGUGUGUGUGUGUGCUUAAAAUAUUGAUUCUGUGUUUCUUAA